AUGCAAUGCCUUUCUUUACGAAGUAACAUUUGGUGGAGUCGACGUAAUGAAAAUUCAUCACAAGAUUGUGAUAUCGCUCUUGACUAUGAAAAUCCAUCGCUAGAAGCAAAAAUUUGUGGCUAUUGUUUUGCUUCAUGUCAACAACAGUUUGCUACUUGUCUUUUAGCACACAUAGAUAAAGAUUCAAAUGGUUCCAUUCAAUAUUGCCAAGAAAAAUGUGACAAAUGUGAACAAAGAUGUAUUACUGACAAACGAACGAGUCGAAUAGCUGCAGCAAAUUGGGCUAAAGUUGUCAAAGUAUUGCAACAAUUCAAUACUUUUUCACCAAUUAAACAAGAGCAAACACCAUCAAUAGAAAAAUAA